ACAAUAACAGACUGACCAAAGAGGAAAGCGAUGGCAACAAUCAAGGGGGUCUCAAGUUUCAGUGCUGAGCAAGAAGCGCAGGCGCUAAGAAAGGCUAUGAAGGGAUUGGGCACAGAUGAAGAUGCCAUCAUCGAGAUCCUGACCAAGCUAAACGUUUCCCAACGUCAGCAAGUUCUGAUCACCUACAAAAGCUCUAUUGGCAGGGAUUUGAUUAAUGACUUGAAGUCCGAGCUGAGUGGCAAUUUCGAAAGGGUGAUCAUUGGUAUGAUGACUCCUACCACCAUGUACGACGUGCAUGAGCUGAGGAGGGCUGUCAAGGGUGCAGGAACAGAUGAAGGUUGCCUGAUUGAAAUUCUGGCUUCUCGCACAAACGCAGAGAUUCGCCGCAUUAACGAGAACUACAAAAUUCAAUACGGCUGUACCCUGGAGGAGGACAUUGUCUCUGACACUUCUUCCAUGUUUCGAAGAGUCCUCGUGUCCCUCGCGACGGGAAACAGAGAUGAGGGGAUGUACGUGGAUGAUGCCCUUGCUCAACAGGAUGCCCAGUGCCUGUAUGAAGCUGGGGAGAAGAAAUGGGGAACAGAUGAGGUCCAAUUUAUGGCCAUCCUCUGCACACGGAACAGACACCACCUACUAAGAGUUUUUGAUGCGUACAGAGGGAUUGCUAAUAAGGACAUAACAGACAGCAUUAAAUCCGAGAUGUCAGGAGACCUCGAAGACGCUCUGUUAGCUGUGG